AUGGGUGUUCCCUUCGAGGCUUUGCUCCCUUACGGGAUUGUCAUCACCAUGUUCGGUGUGACCGGUGCUGGUCUGUAUGUUUCUAAGCGCUUCCUGAAUGAAGGCAAGAAGCCCCGCUGGAACUCUGACCUCUGGGAUCGGCAAAUGAUGGAGCGGGACCUCCGCAUUACCGGUACAUUGAGAGGACAGUCCAGCAAUCACAUUGCGCCCAAGGGAUUCGAGCUCAGCAACCCGUGGAAGAUCGAGAAGCGGAUUUACUAG